UGAAAAGCACUCACCAGUGAAGAGAACGACGCCGUACGGCCAGUUGUCUUACUAUAGAAUCUGGACCGAAAGCGCAGACGACUGAAGAUUGGCUUGCAGACAUUUUACCUUUUAACGAUGAGCGAGACUCGACCGGUGCCAAGGAGAGAGAGCCCAUGGGGGAGGCCGGAGGGAGAUCAUCGCGAACCGAAGGCCCACCGCUGCAAUGACCGGGCGGAGGACGUGAUCCAGGUAACCGAAAACCCUCUGGCUUGUUUUGAGGGAAACCCAUUUAAGACUGUUCCGGGGCCAUUUAAGCUCUUCUGGCAGUGCAUGCGAUCAAAACCCGGGGAGGAAUCAACAGAGCCAUUUACAUAUUUGCAGCUGGAUCCCCCAACAAGAGAGGUGAAACUUGAGUGAAGCCGCCUUUGUUAUCGGAAUCAAUCUCAUUGUCUCCAAAAUUCCAAUUUUUGUCAUCUUUUCUCUUUAUAACAUAAUAUCGGAGCGCAACUAAGAUUACGGCUUCCAAUGCAGUUGAGUUCAGCAGCUUGUUUGAGUUUUAUUUGAACCAUCAACCAUCAACUUAAUGUCAUCUUUUCUUAUAAUAUAAGCAUUUGUGGUGGUUCUUUUCUGCA